AUUUUGCCAAUCUGAUGAAAUCUUCAUCAACUUCACAACAAAUUUCACGCAGCCAAUUUGACAUAAGGAAUGUUGAUUUGGACAUGGAUAGAAGUAUUUACGAUGACAGUAAAUCCACUUCACAGUUAAAUGUCCCUAAAUUUAUUUUAAGCUGUAUAGAAUAUUUGGAAGAGCACGGACUUCAAAAAGUAGGUCUAUUUCGAGUCAGUACUUCGAAAAAGCGUUUAAAGCAACUACGUGAUGAUUUUGAUAAAAAUAGAAAUAUGUGCAUUCCGGAUAACACUUGCCCACAUGAUGUAGCAACGUUACUAAAAGAGUUCUUAAGAGAUCUACCCGAACCUCUGCUAUGCAAUCGAUUGUAUUCAACAUUUUUGGAAACUCAGAAAAUUCGAAACCGACGACUACAAUUGGAAGCCAUAUCGCAUUUAAUAAAACUACUACCAAUCGCACAUCGUGACACCUUAUUCGUACUUUUAAGAUUUUUGGCAAAUGUGGCUACGCAUUGCGAUGACAUUCUAGACAAUGAGGGCAAAGUUCAUAUUAGGGGAAAUAAAAUGGACAGCAACAAUUUAUCAACCGUGUUUGCUCCGAACAUUUUACGCGAAGACACCACUGCCAAAUCUACCGAGCGCAGAGAGCAGGGCAAUAUGUCCGACGGAAUAAAUGUCAUCAGAAUUAUGAUUGAUCAUUUCGAAGACGUUUUUAAAGUACCUGGAGACGUUAUUGACAUUUUAUAUUCCCACAUGCUGGAUACUUGUCCCGAUAAAUUAAACGAUGUAAUCAAAAGUAAAUUAAACAAAUCCCUAAGUGCCCAAGGCGCCGAGUCCAUGCCACAAGAUAGUCAAUUUAGUAUCGAAGACUCAGUUGUGGAUUCAAAUGCAGACACACAAUGUAAUGUAAUUAUUUUAUGUGAAGGCAGACGUCAAUCAACGCUGCAAGACAGCAAGAAUGUGUUUUCGGCAAGUUUACAAAUAUCAAACAUGGACCAAAUAUCAACCAAGCAAUUAAAGCAUAGUGGCGUAAGUCAUGAUGAGCCCAAAUUACCAACAAGUAUAUCAAAUAUCGGUGGAGCCACAUUAUAUGCCAAAACAGCCGAAUUUGAAAAAACUGCUGGUAAAAAGAACAAUUUGAAUGUAAGCCAACACAGAAGCAGUAGAGGGUCAACUCUGUAUAAGCGUCAGCAACUAAUAUCCAGCUCACGUCGUUGAGAUUAAAAAAGAAAAGGAAAAGAGAUU